AUGGCAGAGUUUGUCAGCCGAACACCAGACCGCAAAUCUACCUUUGGUGUAAGGAAGAGACACGUGGGUCUAGAGCAGCAGUGCGAGUUGACCUGCCGGCCGGUUGGGUACCGUUUCUACGUGCGGCAGGCGGAGAGGGUACGAGAUGGAACGCCAUGCGCAAAUAACACACCCAAUGAUGUGUGUGUGGGAGGACGCUGUCUGAGUGACGGCUGUGACGGUGUGUUGGGCUCAGGGUUGGUUCGGGAUCGCUGUGGUGUGUGUGGCGGUGGAGACGGCACCUGCGAGAGGAUCACAGGAAGUUUCCUGAACACAAGCUUUCCUCUGGGUUACCACAAAAUCCUGGAUAUCCCUCCUGGAGCCACAGCUAUCAACAUCACGGAGAGACGAGCCAGUCCAAACUAUCUGGCCCUGCGCAGUGGAACAGGUCAGUCUGUGGUGAACGGACGCUGGGCGGUCGACCCGCCGGGAGAGUAUCAGGCAGGAGGAACCACCUUCCUCUACAGCCGACCCAAAGCUGGCCCACACGAGCAGGGAGAGGAGAGAGGAGAGACCCUCACAGCGCCUGGACCCACAACUGCCCAGCUGCAGCUAUACAUUAUUUUCCACAGGCAGAAUCCAGGCAUAGACUAUGAAUAUUACAUCCCAGUGGAGAAACAGAGGGAUGGAGAGAGAGAAGUACACAGAGAGAGGGAGCGAGGGCGGGCAGCUCUCCGAGAAAUCAGUUCCGUCUCAGUGCCAGUCGAGAACCCUGUCGCUCCUCCUCCUGUGGUGUCUUCCGCCUCCUCGCCUCCAUUUUCCUUCCCUUCCUCCUCAUCUUCCUCUGCAUCUGAUCGAUGGCCACCAGAGAGGCUCCGCCCACAGAGCUCAGGACCCAAUCGCAACGCUCGGAUCCCUCCAAGAACGGACCUCCCACUGGACAAUCAGCCGGCAUUCAUGUGGCAAAGAGGCGCGCUGACAGAAUGCACUGCUACCUGUGGCAAAGGCUCUCAAUACAGAGAGAUUGUGUGUGUGAAUAGACACACAGAACAAGAAGUCCAUGAGAGGAGGUGCAACUCUGCAACCAAACCCGUGGCAGAGGAGGAGCCCUGUAAUGUUCAUCCUUGUCCACCAUUCUGGGAUACAGGUGCGUGGUCGGAGUGCAGUGUUUCCUGCGGUCGGGGUGUGCAGCAGCGCCACAUACAGUGCAGGCUGAGUUUUGGGAACCUUUCAACGAUGGUUCAGCCUCAGCGCUGCUCCAGUCUCCCGCGCCCCAAUGCCACUCAGCCCUGCCACCCGCGCGUCUGCUCCCACUGGGAGAUCAGCACCAACUGGAGCAGGUGUUCAGUGGAUUGUGGAGUGGGAAAGAGAACCAGGAGCGUACGCUGUGUCAGUAACCAUGGUAGCACUAUGAGUGACAGGGAGUGCAAUGACAGGCUCCGCCCACAGCGCACCGAGGACUGUCACAUGGGUCCUUGUGUCACUAAUUGGUACUUCACGGAUUGGACAAACACUUGUUCUGCGACGUGCGGGCCGGGUGUCCAGCGGAGAGAGGUGGUGUGUUUGACCGGUGGAGGCAGGAAAGAAAGAGACGGUGGAGUGGACUGUAUGGCAGAGAAACCGGCUGAUAUGAAGGCCUGUAACGGGGGUCCCUGUACACCCACCCACCUGUGGUACACUGGACCCUGGGGACAGUGUAACGCAGUGUGUGGGAACGGCACCCAGCGCAGGGACGUCAUCUGUGUGAAGAAGACAGGAAGUGACUUCACCGUGAUCGGCAUCAGUGAGUGCUCCCACCUGGAGAAACCGUACCCAGUGCAGUCGUGUGAACUGGAGCCCUGCAAACCACAGUGGUUCACCACCGAAUGGAGCACGUGCUCUCGCUCCUGUGGUAAAGGGGUGCAGACGCGGGAGGUCCGGUGUCUCUCAGCAGACAAACAGUACAGUGCAGACUGCGACCUCCACACCAAACCUGCACAUGAGCAGACCUGUAACACCAUUCCCUGCAGUCCCUUUGAAGAUGAGAACUGUAAAGACAGGCAACAUAACUGUGUAAUGGUGGUCCAGGCUCGGCUCUGCGUCUACACCUUUUACAAGACCGCCUGCUGUGCGUCCUGUGCCCAGAGUGCUCAGCGGGCCAAAAGACAUUAACCCUACGCGAGAUUCACUACGAGCCAAAACUCAGCCAAUCAGUCGUCGCAUUAUUGUUCAAUCACCGGACACAGCCAAUCAGAGGCCAGGCACGUUCAAAUGGAAUCCCACCUUGAACUGAGCUGAGAUCAGGAUCCCUUUAAAGUGAAAGUUUUAAAAUGUCACCACAUAUGGGCUCGAAUGAUUGACAGUUGCUCUUUCCCUAUUGCUGAAGAGUCCGCGGCAGCGCUAGGACUGUUUAGUACACGGUACUGUCAAAUACUUAACCAUUCCUUACAUGUUGUUUAAACAAGUGCACUGAUGUCACAAGUCCUCGUUAUGGACAUAUAUAUGAAGAUAGUGUCAAGUGAGAACACUUCUAGAAGUUGCUUAUGUUCUACAUGAAGUGUUUCAUACGGUUUCUUUUAAUUGCGAGUCAAUCAGGAUAUCUGGAAUCAGAAUCACUAGUGUUUAAACUAGCUUUCCGUCUCAUUUAGCCGGUUUAUGAGGCGACAGAGUUGUGUGACCAAACUAUGACAACACACACACGUGCAUCCUUCACUCCUCAUCAAGGUUUUUUGUAAGAAAGUGAAAAGGAGAGAAAUAAUGCAUCUAUUUGUUUUACUUGCAUACUGUAAUUAUUGCCUAAAAAUGACAUAAGCAGCAAUAGAUUCUUACACAAGCAUCAGUUCUGCCCUCUGGCUUGGUCUCAGUCCCCUAAAUUGUAAGAUAGCAGAACGGAAUUGAUUGAGUGUGAACAGAAAUCUACGAUGAAUCUAGUCCACAUACGUCAUUUCUAGGAUAUAAAUAGAAGAUGAGCGGGAUUUGAUUUAGUCUUCAUUCUUUAGGUCGGUUUUGUCUGAAUGUAUAUCAGUCGUUCAGUGUUCCAUGUUGUAGUGAGUGACAUGUUUUUUAUUUGUUUGUUUGUUUAUGUCUGGUUGUUUUUAUUUGUUGCCCAGAGUGUAAAUUAAAAUAUGGCCAUUACAGAAUCAACAUACAUUUCAGAAGCA